AUGUCGGAUUCAGGUAACCCGUCGCUGGAUAAGCAACAGCACAUCAAAUAUUGGCAGCGCUGCCACAAGACGUAUCUACCAUCACCUUACACGGCAUACGACUCUACUCGACUCACCUUUGCAUGUUUCAUCAUCUCAUCAUUGGAUCUUCUCUCUGUUUCCUUGAGCUCAUCUGAGCGCGAUGCAAUCCGGCGCUGGGUCCUCAGCCUGCAGCACCCAGAGGGAGGUUUCUGCGGAAGCUCAACGCACGCCUUGCCAGGACAAGAAGCUUACAAGGGCACCGCAAAUAUCGCAGCUACUUUCUUUGCGCUCGUUUUGCUGGGUCUCGCGGCUGAAAAUGAAGAAGAGGCAAAGUCAGCUUUCAAGGGGGUGGAUAGAGUACGGUUGUUGAAGUGGUUGAGCGGGCUUCAAAGGGAAGAUGGAAGUUUUGGGCAGAAUUUAUGGGAUGGUGAAAUUGUGGGUGGAAGGGACAUGCGACACAGCUAUCUUGCAAGCUGCAUUCGAUGGAUGUUGAGGGGAGAUGUGAAAGAAGGGGAUGAAGCGUGGGUGGAGGAUUUGGAUGUUGAUAAAAUGAUUGCUCACAUCAAAAGAGGCCAGACUUAUGAUGGCGGCGUGGCCGAGUCAUCACAACACGAGUCUCAUGCUGGAUAUGCAUACUGCGCAAUUGGUGCACUUUCUCUAUUAGACAGGCCAUUAGACUCUACAUCAGUCCAUUCUCCCGAAAAGGCCAAGGAAGAAGGGAUUCCCAACCGCCAAGGUCUCAUUCAGUUUCUCGCGUCUCGUCCGUUUUUAUAUCUCCCUCAAGAAGAAGAAGACGAUGAGGUGGAGGAAAACUUUAUAGAGUCAAAGGUUGGCACGGUUGACUAUGGUCACAUCGGCUUCAAUGGACGAUGGAACAAAAAGGCUGAUACGUGCUACUGCUGGUGGGUUGGGGGUACACUUGCGAUGCUCGGAAACCCCUCAAUCAUCAAUGUACUGCCAUCGCGGCGGUACCUCUUGGAAAUUACGCAGCAUCAUAUUGGCGGGUUCUCCAAAGCUGUUGGAGGGCCACCGGAUAUGUAUCACUCAUACCUUGGUCUAGCUGCGCUUGCUACUAUGGGCGAUGAAGACUUAAAAGAGUUUGACGUCGCUUUGUGCUGUAGUCAGGAGACGACGAGAAAGAUACAAAGAGCGAGGGAUGGGCUGCUGGAGAGUACAAGAGAAAACACUGCAAUGCAAUCGGUGGUGAGUAUUCUUGGUGUUCCCCCACCUUCGGAGCCGUUCGGCCCCGCCCCAACUCUUUCCGAUCAUCCCCCAAAUCAAUCUCGCCUCCACCAGCGGAUUUGCAAGACUUCAUCGCUUUCCCAGACACCAUCUACAAUGUCUUCCUCUACACCAAAAGAUACCGUUGAUACGGCUGAGCCUCCCAAGCCGAAAGAGACUGAGUCUAAGGCCUGGAACGACGAUAAGCGCCGAAAGUUUGAAACGAAAUCCAAGAGCGAGUUCUAUGACCCUUGCCAGGAGGCUGCGCAAGCAAGUUACAGAUGUCUGUUCAGAAAUGGAGGUGACAAGAACAUGUGUGGAGAGUAUUUCCAGGCUUAUCGCGACUGCAAGCAAGAAUGGACUGAGAAGCGAAGAAGAGAGGGACGCGGCUGGUUCUGA